GCAACACUGCUGAACCCAGCUCCACCCCCACUACCACCACAGCCAACAAAUCCCUUAAUACAGAACAUUAUUGAUGGGAAUCUGAAGAAGCUGAAGAAACAGAUUAGAGACAAGGCCAUAAAUGGAUUGUACCAUUGUGCUGAGUGGAAAGAUAUCGUAAUCCCUUUUAAUUGCUGCUGUUGCAUCUGCAAAUGAAGAAAUAUGUACAUACCUUCUACAAGAGGGUGCUAACCCCAAUCAACCAUCAUACAAUCUUUGGACUCCUCUGGAUUAUGCCUUAAUGUCCAAAGCACCUGUCAAUACAGUGAGGGGACUGAACGUAGCAAAAGCCAAACUAAAUGCUAUAGGACCAUUUGGCCUUACACCACUUGACAUUGCAGUGAAAGAUGAUAGAGAGGAUAUUGUGAGGAUACUGAUUCAUGCUGGUGCUCUUGUGCAAAUAAGACCUCUUAUACAGCCUAAUGAUGAGCAUAUUCAUACAAAUCUAGUCAAAAUAAUUCAUCACUUGGCACCAAACAAUAUUUUGUUUUCCAAAAUUCAACCUUUUGUAGAUUUUCAACUCCGUAUACUACAGCAGAAAUCCCCAACUGAGAUUUUCGACUGCUUCGACAAACACCUACUAGAGGAGAACCCUCAAAAAGCAUUUACUAUGAUUGAUUUGUGUUUUGACAAUGCGGAAUACCGCCAGACAAGCAUUAAAUGGCUGAGGGGCUCUAAUUAA